AUGAAAGUUAUCACACCUGUUUCUACUACAGCAAUAACUAUCAUCAAUAAUAAACUUUUAAAAAUAUUUUGUUUGGUUGUUAUCGGCAGUUUAUUGUGCACUUAUCUUUGUAAGUUAACCUUGGUUUUUUUAAAAAUUUAUUGUUUUUUGUGUAUUUGAGCUCAUUUAAAACUUUUUUUGUCUUUUUGCUUUUUCCAAUAUUCCAGUGACACUUUGCAACUUUUUAAAACGUUUUUUUUUACACUUUGUCACAAAACCGUAAUUUACUCCAAAAGUGUUUUUUUGUUUUAGACAAUUAAGGCAAAUUUUCAUUUUUUCAUCAAUACAAUAAAAAUUUAUGAGACUUUACAAAUUUUUCAAUAUUUUAUUGACAUUUCGUUACAAGUUUUUUUUGGCUUUUAAUCAGUUAGCUGUAUUUCUACUAUAAAAAUGAUUUUUUUUUGUAAUUUGAUCACUUUUACUUUUUCAAUAAAAUUGUGACGUUACGCACCUUUUUCCAAUAUUUUAUUGACAUUUUGUUACAUUAUAAAAAACGUCAAAAAAGGCGUGAAUUUGCUUUUUAAAAUAAUGGAAAAGCUAGGAAACGUAAAAGUUAAGAAAAAUCAGCCAAAAUUUUGUAUUUUCCAGAUGCUGACUACACGGUACCACAUGUACUACAGAUGCGCAUGUUAUCAAAAAAUGACGAAUUUGUAGCUGAAUUUAAAGACAAGAUAUUUGAAUACACCAUGAACCCUCCAGUAUGGUUGUGUACAAAAAUAGACAUGUUAGUCAUAGUCCUAAGUGCUCCAAAGAAUUUUGAAAAACGGCAAAAAGUUAGGGAUACUUGGAUGUAUGAUGUAAGCUUCAAUUUUUAUUUUAAGUUUAAGAAAAUUAAAAAGAAAUUUUAUAAUAUUGGACAGUUUAGAAACAUCCAGCUAACAUCCUAGUCAGAUUUAUCAUUGGAGAAACUACAGACAAAGAGAUCAGUGAAAAACUGUUGAAAGAACAAUGUCAAUAUAAUGACAUAAUCAGAUAUAAAUUCACUGAUUCGUAAGUAACCUGCCUUGCCUGUGCCUUGCCUGUGCCUUGCCUGUGCCUUGCCUGUGCCUUGCCUGUGCCUUGCCUGUGCCUUGCCUGUGCCUUGCCUGUGCCUUGCCUGUGCCUUGCCUGUGCCUUGCCUGUGCCUUGCCUGUGCCUUGCCUGUGCCUUGCCUGUGCCUUGCCUGUGCCUUGCCUGUGCCUUGCCUGUGCCUUGCCUGUGCCUUGCCUGUGCCUUGCCUGUGCCUUGCCUGUGCCUUGCCUGUGCCUUGCUUUUCUAUGCCUGUGGUGCCCAAAACUUCUUAUUUUGUUCUACACUGCCCUACCUUACUUGCCCUAGCCUCCUUGACCUCACCGUGCUUUGUUUCAUCCUACUCAACUCUAUACUGCUCUUUCUUAAUUCACCUGACUCUAUUCUCACUGUACCUAUGCCUUCUAAUUUAAUUUUUUUUAUUUUAAGGUACGGCUUACUACCAAUAAAAGUCCACGCUUCCUUCAGUUAUUACAACAAAUAUUGUUCAAAAGCUAAGUAUUUAUUAAAGACAGACGAUGACACUAUAAUCGAAUUAACUCGACUCAACUUUUUUAUUGAAAACAUGUACAAUAAGAUGUAUGAGCAAAACAACCGACUCUUCUUUUGUAACCCUUUUCGCAAUCAUCAGCCGAACAAGGACAUAAAAAGUAAAUUGUAAGGCUUUUACAAUUGAAAAACAUUAACUUGAAUUCGUAUGGUAUUUUUAAUUGUUUGAAACACAAUGCCAAUAGUUUUAAAGUUUGGCGCGAAAAGCGAGAUUCAAAUUCUUCCGUCAAUUUGUUACUGUAAUUUACAAAAAUUUCUUCAACUUUUGAUUUUUUUUAAAACCGAUAUAGGUUUUUUGUUACUUUUUGUAACUUGCAACACAAUGCCAAGGAUUUUUUAGUUUGGCGCGAAAAUAUAAAUUUAAAUUUCUGGCCGGUUUUUAUUGUAGUUUGCAGAAAAGUUCUUCAACGUUUGACUUUUUUUAAAUAGAUAUAGCUUGUGUGUUACUUCUUGCAACACUAUGCCAAAAAUUUUUUAGUUUGGCGUGAAAAUAUAAAUUUAAAUUUUCGGACGGUUUUUAUUGUAAUUUACAAAAAUUUCAGAUUGUUCGGUAUAUACAACAUUCGUGCCAUUAUUAUACUUUUUCAAUUGCCCUAAAACAUAAUGCCAAUAAUGUUUAUUUUUUGCCGCAAAAAACCAAAAUUUAAUUUUUUUAUUUUAAAAAUUUAAAAUUUUAGUUUUAUGGACCCCAAAACCUACAACGAGUCAAUGUAUCCAGAUUUCUGUCAAGGAUGUUCGUAUGUUGUCACGAGAGAAGCAGUACCAGAGUUGAUGGCAGUAACUCCUUUGGUUAAAUACAUCAAGUUGGAGGAUGUACAGUAUGGUGGUGUGUUACGAAGCAAAACUAACAUAAGCAUAAUUGACAGUAAAAACUUUGGCUAUCACGAUACCGAGGUAUGUAGGCAUAGUUUUUAUUAUUUUAUGUUUUGUAAAGAAAGUUCUUGCUAUUUUUUGUUUAGUAAAAAAAGUUUUUGCCAUUUUUGGAUUUGUAAAGAAAGUUCUUGCAAGUUUUGGAUUUGUAAUGAAAGUUUUUGCCAUUUCAGGGCGCUAAAAAAGCCAAAUGCUAUGAUAAUAUAGUACCAUACGCCGUGGGCAUACUCGGAGUACCAGUGGACAAAAUGAAGCCAUUGUACAAGGAACUAAAAGAAUAUAAUUUUUGUAGUAAAAACGGUACUAAUAGCACUGGAUUAAGGUAGCAGUAAUGAAAGAUUGUCUUUACUUGAUUUAUUGUAAAUAAAUUGAACUAGGCCAAUAUAAAGGUUGAAAAGAAAGUUUUUGCCAUUUUUUGUUUUGUAAAGAAAGUUCUUGCCACUUUUUUGAUCUGUAAAGAAAGUUCUUACCGUUUCUUGAUUUCUAAAAAAAGUCCUUGCCAUUUUAUGUUUUGUAAAGUAAGUUUUUGUCAUUUUUUGUUUUGUAAAGAAAGUUCUUGCCAUUUUUUGCUUUGUAAAAAAAGUAAAUCUUAAUUAAUCUUUUUAAAUAUUUUUUGAUUUACUAAUAUCUAAAAGAAACACGUUGAACAAUGUUUCCAUCAUACAUAUUAAUGUAAAGCGUAUAAAUUACAUUGUAAUCAAAGAAAAGUGAUGUGGACAAAGGAAAAAAAGUCUCCCAAAAGGGUUCAAACCCAAAAUCAUUUAUGUUUUUUUGCUAAUUUAUUAAUUUAAUAAACAUUUUUUAAAUUUUUUUAAACGCAAAUUGCUUUAAAGACGUUUUAAUAGGCUAAUUAUGACACAUACUUCUACUACAGUAAUAAAUUCAACUCGCAAUAAACUUAUUCAACUCUUUUACUUGGUGGUUAUUGUCAGUUUAUUGUGCCUUUAUUUUUGUAAGUUUAGCUUUGUUUUUAAAAGAGUUUAGGUUUUUUGGUAUUUAACCGGCCUUUCUUCGUUUUCCAAUAUUUUUGUGAGACUUCGCAACAUUUUCUAAUAUUUUUUAUAUACCGUUAAAAAACCGUAUUUUACUCUAAAAAAGCAUAUUUAUUACUUAUAAAUAGCUUUAGUGAUUUCUACUUUGCUAUUUGUGACACUUCGCAACAUUUUCUAAUAAUCUUUUUGACAUUUUGUCACAAAGCUGUGUUUUACUCUAAAAUGCUUUUAUAGGUUGAUUUGAUGCAUAUUUUAUGUUUUUUUUAAUUUAUUUGGUCAUUUCCGCCUUUUCCAAUAAUAUUUCUGACACUUCGCAACAUUUUUCAAUAAUUUUUUGACAUUUUUUCACAAAGCUGUAUUUCACUUUAAAAACGCAUUUUUUGUUUAAAAUUGGAACAAAGUUGUUAUUUCUAUUUUUCCAAUAAUAUUUGUGACGCUUCGCAACAUUUUCCAAUAUUUUAGUUAAGUUUCGUUACAAAAUAAAAACGUCAAAAAUGACGUAAAAUUGCUUUAAAAAACAAAAAAAAAACGAAAAAAUUAAGAAGAAUUGACUAAGCUUUUGUAUUUUCAGAUGUGGACUACACAGUACCACAUGUACAAAUUCGUAUGUCACCAGAAGAUAACAAAUUUGUAGCUGAAUUCAAAGACAAAGUUUUCGAAUACACUAUGAGCUCUUCAGAGGGCUUGUGUAGACGUAUUGACAUGUUAGUCAUAGUGAUAAGUGCUCCAAAGUAUUUUGAAAAACGGCAGAAAGUUAGGGAUACUUGGAUGUAUGAUGUAAGCUUCAAUUUUAAAUUUAAAAUAAAAAAAUAAUUUAAAUUUAAAAUUUUUUUAAAUUUUGGGUUGGUUUUAGAAAAAUCCAGCUAACAUUCUAGUUAGAUUUAUCAUUGGAGAUACUACAGACAAAGAGAUCAGUGAGAAAUUGUUGAAAGAACAACGACAAUAUAAGGACAUAAUCAGAUACAAGUUCGCUGAUUCGUAAGUACUUCGCCCAGCCUAUUCCCUGCCUUUGCCCUGCCUAUGCCCUGCCUAUUCCCUGCCUAUGCCCUGCCUAUGCCCUGCCUAUGCCCUGCCUAUGCCCUGCCUUUGCCCUGCCUAUGCCCUGCACUUGCUCUCCCCGUAUUGCUCUAAACUACUUUAGUCUAUCCUGAUCUACCCUACACUGCCUUAGACCUGUAUUGUACUCUUCACUGCCUUAUCUUACUAGCCUACCCUGUCUUACCCUACUUUUUUUUCUAUUUCAUUUUGCUUUGUUUUACUCUGGUCUGUUUCAAUUUACUUACUUGUAUCGUACAGUAACUAUGCUUUACUUUCGUUUGCUCUACAGUAACCGAUGCUUUACUUUCGUUUGCUCUACAGUAACCUUAAGUUCAAUAACUUUCUUAUUUUCAGAUACAACUUACUGCCAAUAAAAGUCCACGCCUCUUUUAGUUAUUACAACAAAUAUUGUCCAGAGGCCAAGUACUUACUAAAAACAGACGAUGACACUAUAAUCGAACUGACUCGACUCAACUUUUUUAUUGAAAGCAUAUACAAUGAGAUGUAUAAACGACAUAACCAACUCUUUGUUUGCAAUCGUUUCCGCAAAGCCAAGCCGUUUAGGAACAAGCAGAGCAAAUAGUAAGGUUUUACAACUUAAAAUCUCUUUUUCUUUCUUCUUACCUGAUGUUAUGUCUUAUCUUUAGCUUCAUCGAGCCCAAACUCUACAACGAGUCAGUGUAUCUAGAUUUUUGUCAAGGAUGUUCGUAUGUCGUGACUAGAGAAGCAGUACCAGCCCUAUUGUCAUUAACUCCUUUGGUUAACUACAUCAAGUUGGAGGAUGUACAGUAUGGUGGUGUGAUACGAAAUAAGACUGACAUAAGCAUAGUUCAUAGUCGAAACUUUGGCUAUGGGGAUAUCAAGGUAGGCAUGAGUGGUUGUGGAGGAAGCGAAAGUUCUUACCAUUUUUCAAUCUGUAAAGAAAGUUCUUGUCAUUUUUUGUUUUGUAAACAAAGUUCUUGCCAUUUGUUGUUUUGUAAACAAAGUUCUUGCCAUUUUUUGUUUUGUAAACAAAGUUCUUGCCAUUUUUUGAUUUGUGAAGAAAGUUCUUGCCGUUUUUUCUUUGUAACGAAAGUUCUUGCCAUUUUUUGUUUUAUAAAGAAAGUUCUUGCCAUUUUUUAGUUUGUAAAGAAAGUUCUUGUCAUUUUUUGUUUUGUAAACAAAGUUCUUGCCAUUUGUUGUUUUUUAAAGAAAGUUCUUGCCAUUUUUUGUUUUGUAAACAAAGUUCUUGCCAUUUUUUGUUUUAUAAAGAAAGUUCUUGCCAUUUUUUGCUUUGUAAAGAAAGUUUUUGUUAUUUCAGAGUGCUAAAAAAGCUAAAUGCUAUGAUAAUAUAGUACCAUAUGCUGUGGGAAUACUCGGAGUACCAAUGGACAAAAUGGAACCAUGGUACAAGGAACUAAAAGAACAUAAUUUUUGUGGUACAAAUGGUACUAAAUUAAGGUAG